GCACGGCGACGUGAACCUCAACACCUUCCCCCGGGGCACGUACGACGAGUCCUACAGGGACCCCGCGAGCGCCGAGUGGGCGCCCGGCGACUUCGCCGCGCACUGCAGUGGGCUCCGGCCGCAGCUGCGCGGGUGGUGCGAGGAGGACGCUUGCGCCGCCGCCGAGGCGGCCCUCGCCGCGCCGGGGGACCUAGAGCGCCUGGGCGCGGCGGCGGCGGCUCGCGCCGUGGGGGCGCAGGCCACAAACGCCACGGCGCCCGACCUGGCCGCUGCGGGCGGCCCCGCAGAGGCUGGCCUUUACGUGUGA